UCCUUCCCUAGUGUUGGAUGAGACAUAGUCAACAAACACGGUUUAGAAACGCAGCUGAUACUUUCAGAAAGCAGAUCGGAAUGGUUUAGCGGAAGUAAUUUUUGAACUUGUAACAUAGAACCCAAAGGGCCCAUUUUUUUGGAAGAACAAGAGAGCUUGUAAAACAUGACAAUGGUUCCUGAGAUAAGUUUGGGUUCUUGUGAAAAGGCUAUUCCGGUGAUUGGGAUGGGCACUUCCUCAUAUCCUCCGGUUGAUCCAGAAACAGCAAAAUCAGCGAUUCUGGAAGCGAUGAAAGCAGGCUAUCGUCACUUUGAUACUGCCUUUUUAUAUGGAUCCGAGAAGCCUCUUGGUGAAGCAGUUGCUGACGCUCUACGCCUUGGUCUCAUUAAGUCCCGCGAUGAGCUCUUCAUCACAACCAAGCUAUGGUGCACCUUCGCUGAACGUGAUCAAGUGGUUCCUGCCUGUAAAAUGAGCCUCGAGAACCUCCAGUUGGAGUAUGUUGACAUGUAUUUGAUACACUGGCCAUUGAGGUUGAGCGGAACGGUACAUCAAACCCCUUUUUCAAAAGAAUCCACACAUCCUUUAGAUAUCAAGUCUGUUUGGGAAGCCAUGGAAGAGUGUCAAAAUCUUGGCCUCACCAAGGGCAUUGGUGUCAGUAAUUUCUCUUGCAACAAACUUGAGGAGCUUCUCUCAGUGGCCAAAAUUCCUCCGGCCAUCAAUCAGGUGGAGAUGAACCCACUUUGGCAACAAAAGAAACUAAGGGAGUUUUGCAAGGCAAAGGGUAUUCAUAUCACUGCUUACUGUCCUUUGGGUGCCAAUGGAACAACAUGGGGAGACAACAGAAUUGUGGAGUGUGAUGUGCUCGAGGAAAUUGCCAAGGCCAAAGGGAAAACUGCUGCCCAGGUUUUUACAGUUCUACUAUUGACUUUUAAAUGCUUUUCUUUGUGUUCUAUAAAUUGGAAAAGAUAA